CCACGGAGGGCGGGAAGCCUCGCGAUAUCUAGGGGUCCGGAUCUCGUUGCGUUGCCUAGCGACAAAAGGACGCUCGCUGGCCGGGCCCCCUGGAGAAACCCCACUAUAGAACUAAAGUCUCCUACCAUGGGGGAAGAAGGUAGCGGCCGAAGCUGCGGGAUCACUAGGGACCUGCAGAAGCUGAAGCAGCAGGCGAUGGCGUACUACCAGGAGAACGAGGUCCCGCGCAGGCUGGAGGAGCUGCUCAACUCCACCUUCUACCUCCAGCCCGCCGACGUCUACGGGCACCUGGCAAACUACUUUUCUAAACUUGCAAAGCCUCCCUCCAUAUGCAAGGUAACGGGGAGAGUCAUACUGGAUGGACUGGGACUCCCAACUCUGCAGGUGGAAAUAUCCUGCACCAUUCAAAAUUUCCCCAAGUACAUCUGUUCCGCGGUGAUGCCUGCUCACUUUGAAGUCCUGGAGAACGCUCUGCCAGAAGUGGUAGAUGCAGAGGAGGUGGAGAGAAACCUGGCAGUGAGCACAGCUGUGCAGUGGGUCAACGGGUCCAUCGCAGAGGAGCUGUGGGGUGUGGUCCCCUCCAACCAGGCAGAGGUGGACCAGAGGCUCAGGAUCUUCUUUGAAAAUAAAGUACAAGAAGAUAAAGAGAACAAAGAAUUGGAAAGGAUCGCAGAGGAGUCAGUGCCCGUGCCCCCGCCUCCAGUUCCACCGCCUCCUCCUCCACCUCCCUCCAAAAAGAAAGGGCAGAAGGCAGGACGGAGGGAAACUCUUUUGGAGAAACCGAUCAUACCCCCAGAACCCCCUGAACCGGUCCUCCAUGGCAGCAUGGCCAUAGGGGCCGUGUCACUAGCAGUUGCCAAAGCCAGCGCCAGCCUGGCCAGUGUUCCUCUGUACAUGACCAUUGCCUUACUGAAGCACGGCCAGGAGCAGCCUUCGACGUUCACUAUGCCUUUGCUGAUGGGAACUGUGCUCAGCUGUGGGAAGUCAUCCCCUGGAAAGCUACAUCUAAUGAAAGAAGUGAUCUGUAUACCCAAUCCUGGAUUAACAACCAAACAAGGUAUGGAGUUGCUUCUGGAGAUUCAGAAACAAGUCGCCAGAGCAAUGGAGACGCUCCUACCUCCCAAACCAGAGACCAAAAAAGGGCACGAUGGAAGCAAAAGAGGUCAACAGCCAAUCACUGGCAAGAUGUCUCAUCUUGGCUGUUUAACCAUCAACUAUGACACCAUAGAACAACCACUGCUUCUUAUUCAAGGAAUCUGUUCGAAUCUGGGCUUGGAACUGGGAAUCAGCCUACAUCUAGCCAUCAACUGUGCUGGGCACGAGCUGAUGGACUAUAGUAAAGGGAAAUACGAGGUGAUGGUGGGCACGUACAAAAGCGCAGCUGAGAUGCUGGACCUGUACGUGGACCUGAUCAACAAGUAUCCUUACAUUAUCGCCUUAAUUGAUCCUUUCAGGAAGGAGGACUCCGAGCAGUGGGAUAGCAUCUAUGCUGCUCUCGCUUCCAGGUGCUACAUAAUUGCAGGAGCGGCUUCCAGAAGUGUCUCUAAACUCCUGGAGCACAGAAACAUCAGCACCCUCACAUCCCACGGGCUGAUCAUAAAACACACAAACCAAACCACAAUGUCCGACUUGGUGGAAAUAACCCAUCUUAUCGACAGUAAGAAGCAUCUUGCUGUCUUCGGGAGCACGGACGCAGAGUCCUCUGAUGACAGCCUUGUCGAUUUGGCUGUUGGACUCGGUGCCCGGUUUAUCAAGUUGGGGGGUCUUUCUCGGGGUGAACGGGUGACCAAAUACAACCGCCUUCUCACCAUAGAGGAAGAACUCAUCCAGAGUGGAACAUGGGGUUUCCGGGAAGAACACUUUUCUUCCUUUCAAGAGGAUGCUGAAGCUGAAAAGGCACCGGAGGCUGAGGAAAGUCUUGGGCCCCUGGACUCCAUCUUCCCCACAGAGGUUAUAGAGGAGUCAGUUAAAUCAUGAGCCUCGUGGGGCUGCG